AUGAAAUAAAUGUUAAAAAUUCAAGUCCAUAAAGAAUCUAUGAAGAAAUCCUACAGUCUGCCUUUCAAUUUUCUAAGCAAUCACUUGCAUUCAACCACAAAAAUACUUAGUUAUCGCUCUUGUAUUUUAUCUGUUAAUCUUAGUCAAAAAAAAAAUUAUAUUUAGUAAAUAACUCUUCAGUGA